AUGGGUGAGAUAUCAAGAAAGUUAAUGCGAACUUAUGCGACUAGUAUUCCAAGUUCAAAUUUUUUAAAACUGAUAUUUUCUGGCAUACAACCAACUGGAAUUCCGCAUAUCGGAAAUUUUCUGGGUGCUCUCACAAAUUGGGCUUCUCUUCAGCGUACUGCUAACGUGAAUGAUAAUUUGUUAUAUGCUAUUGUUGAUUUACAUGCUCUCACGAUGCCACAAGACCCAGGAAAAUUAAGAAAAAAUAAACUUGAUAUGACAAUUGCGUUAUUGGCCUGUGGAAUUGACCCCGCAAGAAGCAUUAUAUUCGAACAAUCAAAGAUACCAGCACAUUCCGAAUGCGCGUGGAUACUUAAUUGCAUAACUCCAGUAGGAUGGUUAUCUAGGAUGACUCAAUGGAAGGUAAAAAGUCAGCAAAAUAAAAAUGUCCAAUCUGUUGAAGAUAUAGAUUCAAAUUCAGGAUUGUGUCUUGGACUAUUUGCAUAUCCUGUAUUACAAGCUGCUGACAUUUUGCUUUACAAAGCAACACAUAUUCCAAUUGGUGAAGAUAAUAUUCAACAUUUGGAAUUAACACGCGAUAUUGCGCAAAAAAUUAAUAAAUUGUAUAAAAAAGAAAUAUUUCCUCUCCCACAACCAAUUCUUGCAUCAGCAAAACGUGUUAUGUCAUUACGCGAUCCUAGCAAAAAAAUGUCAAAAUCGGAUCCGUCUGAAUUUUCGCGUAUAAACUUGGAUGAUACACCAUCUGAAAUAAUUUCGAAAAUAAAAAAAGCAACCACAGAUCCUAUUAAAGGUAUUACUUAUGACCCUGUAGGAAGACCAGCAAUAGCAAAUUUAAUUACUAUUUAUGCUGCAAUAAAAGUGGUCGCUAUUGAAGAAAUAGUUAAAGAGCAUAGUAAUAGUAAUGCUGAGCAAUUCAAAGAAGCUCUUGCUCAAGUGUUGAUAGAAAAAUUAACACCAGUGAAAAAUGAAAUUGAAAAAUUAAAAAUUGAUCCAGGUUACGUGCAGCAAGUAUUAAAAGAUGGAAAUGAAAAGGCUUCUUUAUUAGCAAAUAAAAACUUGGAUGAAUUAUACAAACUUUGUGGAUUAAAAUGA